UGUUGCAUCCUGCUCCUAUGAACACUCUCUUCGCUGAGGCUUCGGUCUUUCCCGACAUCUCUAUUUGAUUCAAGAUUACGACGUUGCUUCUCCGUUUCUGAUACUUUAACACGUAAUAUCUCGCCGGGUUUUUUUGUUAUUGUUACUUUUGAGUUCUGAGAGGGAACAUCCCGGUGGGCUUUAUUAUUGGGCCUAAUUGCCCAAAUUUUAACUGAAUGUUAUUUAAAUUCGGAAAUUUUUAAAACAUGGAUAGGUUUUCUUCAAUUACCUUUCCAAAUCCAAUAUAAAGUCCAUGGGCAUGCUCUUGAAUCUGAAUCUCAUAUAUCAUUCUUCACAACUUUCCAAAAGCCCACACCAAACUAGCAAGUGGGAACUGAAAGUGGACAUGGUUAACUAAUAAAGCAUGGAUACUACUAUUAUAUUAUUUGUUCGUCCAUGUGCAACGUUCUCAUUACUAUUAUUUUAUAGUUAAUAAAGCUAGAAAGUGUACCGCAGCACAUUGACACCGACGAAUGAAUCGAUAUGAUUUCUUUAACCCUCUCUAGGCUCCUCCAUUCAGAUCGUAAUAGCUAGAGUUUUCUUUCCAAAAAAUAAGAGAGGACGAUGAUGGGCAACUGGAGGAAGAAGAGAGACGACGAAAACGGGUUGGUGUGGAAGCUUUUCGAGGAUAUCGGAAACGUUGGUCCGGCUUUAGGGCUCGGUGCCGGUUGCGGAUUUGGUUUCGGUGCAGGUCUCACGGGAGGAUACGGACCAGGACUUCCUAAACUGCAGUUUGGGGUCGGGUUUGGAACUGGAUGUGGAAUUGGUGUAGGACUUGGCUUUGGUGUCGGAAGAGGCGCCGUGUUCGACCACGCUCGCGCUUUCAAUAACGUCGUAGACUAUCUCUGGUGGAAGCUUAUUGGUUUUGCUCAAGGCCCUUGAUUGAUUCUAUCCAAGCAAGGUCGAGUCCACACAUUAAGUUGAGGUUUCCUAAUUGCUUGUUCUCUUUGGCGUCGUUUGUUUCUUUCCCUCAGUGUGGUAGAUUGUUGCUUAGACGAUGAUCAUGAACUAUCUUAAUUGACAAGUAUUUACUCUCCAACAGUUGUAUGCUUAGUUACUUUCAGAUUUUCGAUGUGAACUGAUAUGAGAACAAGAUGUGGUUUAGUGUCUCCUAUGUAUUAUUGAGAACACAGCCGAUUCUAUGUCUACAUGUCCAGCUAUUCAUCUGAUUUCCGGUUAAUAAAUCAAUUACGUAUUGCCAUCACAUGAAUAAAUCAAUACUAUUGCACAAAACAAAUACAGUAAAAUUAAAUCUAUAUAAAUUAGUAUCGUUGAAAUUAUAAUUUUUAUUAAUUUAGCGAAAGGUUAAUUAGAUCAAAAUUUUAGUUUGUGACCAGAAACCUCUUUUAGUUAAUCAGGGUAUUAGGUUUUUUUCCCUAAAAUUUGGAAUUAGUUAAUCGAAUAUUAACUUAUGAAAUUAUACUUUUAUACCAUUCUACACUUGGUUGUUUUCCGGACUCAGCUUGAGUUUCCUGUUGCAUUAGAAUGCUGAUCCUUCGCUUCUUUGAUGGUUAUGUUUGGUUUUGCAGCGAUUUUGUAUCUCAACGAGGAAAAUAGGAGAUGCUUAGAGAUGGAUACUCAAACACCGUUGUAUUUUUUUUUUAUCUCUCUUAAUAAACAUAACGUAAAAGAAUGGCGACAUAACGUAAAAGAAUGGCGACAAUGCGAUGGAAUUGACAUGCAACUAAUGAAAACAGAGGAGCUUUUCAAGGAUAAGAAGUUUCAGCAAUGGAAAGGAGAAAAUCACAUCUCAAACAGAAGCUUCUCCUCCCCGACAAGUACACAAAGAACAAGCUAGAGAUUGAGGUAAAAGUAAAACCAAACAUUAUUUAAGAUGAGAAUCACGACUGACCUUGAGAUUGUUUUCGUUCGAUCUACUUGUUCAGAGAAGGGAAGAGAAAGCUUCAAAGGGCUUAUCUAUGUGGCUGACUCCUGGCAUGAGGACUCAGGUAGACACUGGUCUAGGCCUCGGUUUAAUUUCGAGCUCGAUGGUUAAUUGAAGAAGAAAUAUCAUUUCCUCUUGUGGCUUUACCUCUAACUCUGUGGCACAGCCCCUACCAUUUCUUGAGAACACAAGGAUUACGGAAGAAAAUAAGGUGUUGAACUCCUGUGUUACAUCGCCGUUUUGUUGGUGCAUUGCAACAGCUCGGUGGUCAUGGAGGUAAAGACAAAUGAUCUUGAGUUUGGUUACUUAAUACAGAACUAGAACUAGAACUUGACCCCACGUCUAUUUUAGUUUUUAUAAAUAAAUAUUUCUUUUUCAUGAUUAAUGAUAAAUAUUUUUUACAAUAUUGCUAAUUGUAUAUUAUUAUGUUUUAAAAGAAGAUUUAUAUAGUGUGAAUGCACUAAUUUAAUUGAUUGUUUCAAACUAUCAUUUGCAAUGCGUUUUCUUCAUAAUAUAUACUAGAUGAUAACUAGCGCGCAUGCACGGACUGAGUUUUUAUAAUAAUGUUUGUUUAUGAAAUAAUUUUAACAUUUUGCAACACUACAAUCUUUAUCGAUAAUAAAAUGAUGAAUACAAAUGUUGGUCUCUUAAAUAUAUCAUCGUUAUUUAAGAGUUAACGUAUUACAUCUCAUUUUAAUUAUUUUUAAGACUUCAUAUUCACAAAAGUAAAUUAAGUUUUGCGGCUGACACAAAUCACCAAAACCAAAUA